UGAAGACUCCGUCCCGGUUCUCCUUACUCAACAUGACUUCCGAGAACUCUUCGCAACUGGAGGAUCGUCUCUUUCUCAGUUUAUAUGGGAUGAUGUCGAAAGUUGGUUAUGCGGCAGGUGGGGUUGCUACUCAGUGCUCUGUUAUUGUGUUAAGGUUAACAUGGAGUGGUAUACGUGCCGCAGUCCACGCAGCACACCCAGCUCCCGGCACAACGGCCGAGUUGCCUGCUGCCUCGCACCAGGACAACCGGCAAUAAAACACACUCUUUAUGAUAUGCUCAGCGUUUCUUCACAUUCUCUCUCCCCUUCGCAACAAUUUAUAACAAAUGCUAUUUAUAACUGAGCUGAGUAAGUAA